GUGUUUAGAGUAACCAACCUCUGGAUAGCAUUUUUUUUGUUUUGCGAGCUGCUUUGGGAAAACGCGGUAAGUAAAGAAGUCUGCUGUUCGCAAUUAUUGCGCCCGAGUCUUGUCCCCAUGGCUCGGUUACAGUUGAAAGAAAUUGCCUUCCAAGUGCAGGGAAGUGACUGGACAUGGUGAGGCUUCACAGUAAAGGCGACUUCUUACCAAUACAUUGAAAAAUGCUUAACUCAUUAUAUCUUCAAGGUAAGUGCGUGAUUACCAGUACAAGGCAAUUUAUUGCAAAAUGUUAAUUGAGGGCAUUGAACGAAUGCAGUUGAAAAGGAUUGUGUUCAUCUACGUUGUAACAGUGAUAAUAUCUUUUAAAAAACGCUUAGUCAGAUGUAAAACGCCUCUGAGGUCGUAAAAUACACGGUGCACUCAGUAAAUGCAAUUCUUGCAGUCCUGGGCGAAUGCGGAUUUAAAUUGCGCUGCUAAUGACUUUAGCUGUCACGGUUCUAGCAAUAAAUGUGAGUACAAGCACGGGCUUUUCAAACCUAAUAAAGGACUGGGUGUGUUGUUUCACUUCCAGUUUUGUUCAGCCGCAGUAGCUGAGCUGGAACCCUACAACCUAUAAUCCAACUUUAAUAUAAUGAAACACCUUUUACAGGAUUUUUUUUUUUAAAUUGGGACCGAGCUACAAUAAGGAGUUCUUGGGACACCCAGAUUCAACUUGUCAGCUGUGACUGCCCGUUAGUAUCUGGAAGAGAUCCAUCAGCUAAAGCGGAAUCUUAAAACAGGUGAGCACGGAAAUCCAGGCAGAACAGUGCAGCAACUUUAACCCGAGACUAGGGUACCACCCAGGGCGGCUUGACCAGUCCAAGCAAGGAGAGGUCUUGCUGCCAAUGGACAUCAGAGAGGUCCCUUAAAGCAGAGGCAUGGCGGUGAUUCUCCCCCGAAACAACGAGAUCUCUCCCCUCAACUCCGAAAAAGAGGCGUCGGAGCCAAGUAAAGAGGAGGAUUACAAAGAGAAUGGCGCGUUGAUUAAGAACUCCAUUUCCGGGCACAAACUUUCGGAAGACGGCGAGAAGGCUCCCUCCGGCAGCUUGGAGAAAGGGGACACGGGCCGUAUGUUCAAUGGGUACUCGGCUGUGCAGAACCCGGGGGGACAGGACCGCCCCGGCGACGGGGACCCAGCUGCUCCCGUGGCCUCGGCUCCGCUGCAGGCGCCGGCCGCGAGCCGGGAAACCUGGAGCAAAAAAGCGGACUUUUUGUUCUCGGUGAUCGGCUACGCGGUGGACCUGGGCAAUGUCUGGCGUUUCCCUUACAUCGCGUACCAGAACGGAGGCGGAGCCUUUCUCCUUCCCUAUGUCCUGAUGGCAGUAUUUGGAGGCAUCCCACUCUUUUAUAUGGAGUUGGCAUUGGGACAGUAUCACAAAAAUGGAGCAAUUUCUAUAUGGAGGAAAAUAUGCCCAAUUUUCAAAGGGAUUGGAUAUUCAAUCUGUAUAGUAGCUCUAUAUGUUUCCUUUUACUACAAUACCAUUAUCGCCUGGGCUGUGUACUACCUCUACUCAUCAUUUACUUCUGAGCUCCCAUGGACCAACUGUAACAAUAAAUGGAAUACUCAGAACUGCACCAACUACUUUCUAAAAGAUAACGUCACCUGGAACAAGUACUCCACUUCUCCUGCAGAAGAGUUUUAUAUUCGCCAAGUACUUCAGGUUAACAAAUCAAGCGGAUUGGAUGACCUGGGUGGCAUCUGCUGGCAGUUAGCACUUUGUCUGUUCCUUAUAUUUGUUGUGGUGUAUUUUAGUAUUUGGAAAGGUGUAAAGACGUCUGGAAAGGUUGUGUGGGUAACAGCCACUUUCCCCUACGUUGUACUGUUUAUUCUCCUGAUACGGGGUGCCACUCUACCUGGGGCCUGGCGAGGACUGCUCUUCUACCUUAAACCUGAUUGGAACAAACUGCUUACCACUGAGGUGUGGGUGGAUGCUGCUGCACAGAUUUUCUUUUCGCUUGGCCCGGGAUUUGGUGUGCUCUUGGCAUUCGCCAGCUACAACAAAUUCAAUAACAACUGUUACAAGGAUGCUUUGGUUAUCAGCGCUGUGAACUGCUUGACCAGUUUCAUGUCUGGUUGUGUUAUGUUUACUGUCCUUGGCUACAUGGCAGAAAAGAGGAAUGAAGAAGUGGCAGAUGUGGCCAAAGACACCGGCCCCAGUCUACUUUUCAUUACUUAUGCUGAGGCAAUCACCAAUAUGCCUGCAUCCACAUUUUUCGCUAUAAUAUUUUUCCUAAUGUUGAUCACAUUAGGCUUGGACAGCACGUUUGCAGGCCUGGAAGGAGUGAUAACGGCACUACUGGAUGAAUAUUCAGAGUUACUUCGAAAACAUCGUGAAUGGUUUGUGCUUGGCCUGCUCAUAGUCUGCUAUUUGGGAGCUUUGAGCACCCUUACAUAUGGUGGGGCAUUUGUGGUGAAAUUUUUUGAAGAAUAUGCUACUGGAGCUGCUAUCAUUGCUGUUGUUUUUCUAGAAUCAAUAGCAGUGUCUUGGUUUUAUGGAAUGAAACGUUUCUGCAGGGAUGUUAAAGAAAUGCUUGGUUUUAGCCCUGGCUGGUACUGGCAGAUAUGCUGGUUUGCGAUUAGUCCACUUUUCCUACUGUUCAUCAUUGGCAGUUUCCUGUCAACCCCUCUAGAACUUAAGCUCUUUAAUUAUUCAUAUCCUUAUUGGACUACAGUAGUUGGCUACUGCAUUGGUACUUCAACAUUUAUCUGUGUUCCGUCCUACAUGGUUUACAAAAUUAUAAUUACUCCAGGAACAUUUAAACAGCGACUGUUAAGAAGUAUCACUCCAGAAGUUGACGAAAAUGAAACUCCUAAUUCUGGUAUCCACCUGAAUUCUGUUUGAUACAACCAUGAUGGGUCUUACCUUCUUGGACUGACUGCUCAGAUCAGUCAAUGAUAUUUGAGAGGUCAAACUCAUACCCCAAAUUAUUAU